GCCCCUGGUUUUCCCAGGCCCCGCCCCCUCCCCUCCGUGAGGGACCCACGUGUACGAGACGGGUGACAGGACCCGGAGGGAGCCCGCCCCGGAACGGGAAGAGGUGGGAGCCGGCUCGGCGCGGGACGGUUCAGGCGCCAGGCAGCGCCGGAGCUCUGGUGAGCAGCGCCCCUGAGCCCGCGCAGAAACAUGUCUCAAGAAAGUGAGCAUGGGAAAUGGACGGUAUCUAGCAGUGAUGAAAGUACAGAAGAAAAUGAUGAUGAUGCUGAAGAGCCAUCUACAUCUUCAUUGUCUCACAGUGGACAUGGCAAAACUAGUGGAUCACAGUACCCAUGUUCAGAGGCCAGAAAAGUUGGUCACAAGAGAAAAGCCUCCCCUGUGAAAUUUAACGAUACAAGUUUUCCAACAGAGAUUUCACCAGCAAAAAUCCAGAGAACUUCCCAAGAAGGUUUAGGCUGGUGCCUUUCAAGUAGUGAUGAGGAGCCUGAAUCUGAAGGUCAGCCACAGCAUGCACAAAAGGAAGCAGUCAAAGAGGAGAAAUACAGUGCACCUAAAAAGCAGCCUUCAUGUAGAUUUGAAGAUAAUGAGCUCCCAGUGAGCCAAAAGCCAGAAAAACAUUAUAAGGUAGCAAGUGAAGGCCAGGACACUUGGGAUUUGUUGAAUGGAGGGAACCCUUUCAGAUUCUUUGUCACUAAAGUCAAAGGUAUUAAGUCUAAGUACAACUCUGGAGCACUUCACAUAAAAGAUAUUUUGUCUCCUCUCUUUGGGACUCUUGUAUCUUCUGCUCAGUUUAACUAUUGUAUAGAUGUGGAAUGGCUCAUAAGACAGUAUCCACAGGAAUUCAGGAAAAAACCAUUAUUAAUAGUACAUGGUGAAAAGCGAGAAUCCAAGGCUGAGCUGCAUGCACAGGCACACCCAUAUGAAAAUGUUCGCCUUUGCCAGGCUAAGCUGGAUAUUGCCUUUGGAACUCACCACACAUCCGGACUAAUGGCCGUUCACUACAAAAGCAAGUUUAAAAGGAAGCUGAUGUCUCUUUGGAAAGUUUUAAAUGAUGUGAAAAUGAUGUUGUUGUUAUACGAAGAAGGUCUUCGAGUUGUGAUACACACAUCCAAUCUUAUUGAUUCUGAUUGGGACCAGAAAACUCAGGGAAUAUGGCUAAGCCCCCUAUAUCCACGGCUACCGCCUGGAACCACUGGUUCUGCUGGUGAAUCUGUAACCAAUUUUAAGUCUGACCUAAUACACUAUUUGAUGAGUUAUAAUUCCCCUACUCUCAAGGAAUGGGCUGACAUCAUCCAAGAGCAUGAUCUUUCAGAGACAAGAGUAUAUCUGCUUGGAUCAACCCCAGGACGAUACCAAGGCAACCAAAAAGAAAAAUGGGGUCACCUUAGACUUAGAAAGCUUUUGAAAGAGUAUACAUCAGCAAUACCAGCACAAGAAUCUUGGCCGGUGAUAGGACAGUUUUCAAGUAUUGGAUCAAUGGGAGCUGACCAGUCCAAGUGGUUGUGCUCAGAAUUUCGAGAGAGUCUGGUUACGCUAGGCAGUAGUGUGAAGACUCUAGCAAAACCUGACGUUCCUAUUCAUUUGAUUUACCCUACUGUGGACAAUGUGAGGCAAAGUUUGGAAGGAUAUCCUGCUGGUGGCUCUCUUCCAUACAGUAUACAAACUGCACAGAAACAACUUUGGCUACACUCUUAUUUCCACAAAUGGUCAGCAGAAACCUCAGGCCGCAGCCAUGCUAUGCCUCACAUUAAGACUUACAUGAGGCCAUCUCCUGACUUCCAGAAGAUUGCGUGGUUUUUAGUUACAAGUGCCAAUCUUUCCAAAGCUGCCUGGGGAGCUCUGGAGAAAAACGGCACGCAACUGAUGAUUCGUUCAUAUGAGCUUGGAGUCCUUUUCCUGCCUUCAGCAUUUGGAUUGGAUACAGGUUACUUCCAUGUGAAGAAGAAAAUGUUUUCAGGAAGUAAUGAGCCAGUGGCAUCUUUUCCUGUCCCUUAUGAUCUGCCCCCAGAGCAAUAUGGAAGCAAAGAUCGCCCAUGGAUUUGGAAUAUUCCUUAUACCAAAGCACCUGAUACACAUGGAAACAUGUGGGUUCCAUCAUAAAAGCAUCAAACCCACUGUGAGAUUUCAGCAUCUGACGCUGAGCCUCCUACCAUAGCUGUGAGACUAAUUAUUUCUGAUUUUCAGAUGUGGAGUUGUGCACUGGAUAACUAGCUUCUUAUUAUGUCACAUGUCAAUAAUACUGAGGAAUUGUUUUGGGGAGGAGAGGAAGGGAGAAUCCUUGGAGAAUAUGUAGCCAUAUUGAUCUUUAUAGAUGUCCUAAAAAUAUAACACUGUAAUUUUAAACUACCAUUUUAUAUACUCUUAUUGUAGUGGCCAUUGCAUUUUGGAAGGUGUUAAAAUGACAGUGUAAGCUUAUGUUCAGAGGUUCCCACUGUUUUUAGCCAGAAUUAUAUUCAAAUCUGUUAGUAUUCUUUUGGACUGUUUUCGGGCCCCUCUUGACCAUAGUAAGAGAUUUGUAUGUACAUUUUGAAGUUAGAAAGUGAAUAAAAGGCAAUUUUGUUAAUUUUU